AUGGUAUACUCGGAUAUCCACCUGCCCUUGCCGGGCUUUAUCGCUCUAGACUGGUCUUUGAUGGUUGUCGCACUUAUUCCGAUCCUGAUUCGAGUCUCGAUGCGCGCACGGAAUCGCGGUCUAAGCACGCUCGCCUCCAACAUCGCCGACGGCUUCGUCGUGCUCGCUUGGCUUUCUGGCUGCGUACUCAUCUCCAUCAACACCUGGAAGAAUAAUCUCCGCAUGAAGUACCUCUCCGCUCCUCCAGAAACGCUGUAUUAUGGCGUCCCAGAGCCGUUAUCAGGACACCUUCUCUAUGUCUCAUGGAUCAGCCUAUUCUUCAUCUACAUCAGUCUUUGGAGCGCAAAAGCUGCCUUCCUUGCUUUCUACUACAGUAUCUUCUCUUCACAGGGCACACGAACGCAGAUUGGGCUCGCCGCAGCUUGCAUCUUUACCGCCGCAACGUUCCUGCUUCACAUGUUCCUCAUCGCGUUCUGGUGCACGCCUAUCUCUUUGAAUUGGUCACCGCCCCCAGGCGAGCACCUCUGCUCCGCCGUACACAGCAUGUCCAGCGUUACAGUCUCCACCUUCACCAACAUCACCACCGACCUCGUCAUUCUCAGCAUCCCCAUAAGCACACUCCUCGCCUCCAAGCUCAACCGCACCCAACGCGCCGGUCUCGCCUUCGUCUUCCUCAUGGGGAGCGUGUCCAUCCUUGCGGCGCUCGUGCGCUUCAUCUGCCUGAAGCUGGUGCAGUCCACCCCGAGGGCUAGCAUCACGCAUACGAUCGAUGUGUGGGCGCUUGUAGAGAUCGUUUCGUCGAUAUUGGCGGUGUGCUUGCCUUCAUUGAGGACGUUCAUGAGACGUCGUGGGCUUCGGAGGCCGGACGGGGCAAUUAGGUUGGUCAGUCAGCCUUCGAGUGGAGUGAACUCGAUGGAUAAGAGUAUCACUAGGGUGGAUAGUGAGAAGAGUGGGUCUGUGAGAGUUGCGGAGGCGUGGUAUGAUAGGGACGAAGAAGGUGGCUUUGUGACACGGCCGGAGCCAGCGAAGAAUGUGCCGUACUUCUGA